AUGUCGGAUCAUAAUUUACUUGAUGAUCCACUUGUUUCGUUUGAUCAACAACCACAACAACAAUCAUCACCAACAAAAUCAAAACCAAAUGAUUCAUUUGAAAAUCGUUUAUUAGAUGAUAUUGAUCCAUUUGGUAAUCGAAAUGGACAAGAAGAAAUGAAUCAUAAUGGAACAAACAAUAAUAAUAAUAAGGAUAAUAAUGAUUUAAAUCUAUUUUCAUUAACAAAUGAUCUUUUUCCUGUAGAUCCAAAUGAACAUGAAACAACUGUUACUCAUCCUAAAUUACAUCAUAAUGACGAAUCAAAUGAUUCAUCAUUAUUAAAUUUUCAAUCUCAAUUAAAUGGUACUGUUGCAGACAAAAAUACACUUUUACUUGAACUUGAUCCUGAUGCACCUAAUUCUACAAAUCCUAUUCAUACAGAUACACCAUCACCAAAUGAUCCAUUUAAACAAUUUUCAAAUAUAUCAUCACAACAAGUUAAUCAAAGUGAUACACUUCUUGAUUUCGAAGGUUCACAUGAUAAUAUAAUUCAACAUAAACAAGAAUCAAAUUUAACAAGUUUUACUAAUCCAUUUUUCGAUAUUAAAUCAACAAAACCUAAUGAAAAUUUCAAUAUUUCUUCCCAAUCAAAUGAAUCUGAAGAACAAUUAAUACGUCAAGCAUCACGAGAACUGGAUGAUGCUGUACAAGAAUUAGCUGAUAAACUUGAUUUAAUUACUUCGCCAUCAACAUCUGAUCAACAACAACCUAUAGUUUCAACAAUUGAAGAUAAUCAAUCUGCUACUUCAACAAAAACAGAUUCAACUUCACCAACAAAAACCGAUUCAACUUCACCAACAAAAACAGAUUCAAGUUCAUCAACAAAAACAGAUUCAACUACACCAACAAAAAAACCUACUACUACAACACGAUCAAUAUAUACAACUAAAACUAAACCAUCAUCAUCAGCAGCAACAAUUGCUACAUCAAAAAGUACAGAAAAUAAACCAGCUGCUGCUGUGAAGAGCACAGAACAUAAACCAGCUGCUGCUGCAAAGAGUACAGAACAUAAACCUGUCCUUUCAACAACAAAAUCUACUGAACCAAAACCAUCAACAACAACAACAACAACAACACGUAAAACACUUCAUCCAGGACCAACAACAACUUCUAAUAAACCUACUUCUCCAACUCAAGAAUCAUCAUCAACAGCACCAAAACCAACACGUGAUGUUCCAGCUAAAACUCAAUCAGCUGCAACAAAACCAAAACCUACUGCUAGUUCUACAACAACAACAACAACAACAACAAAACCAAUUCGUCCUUCAACAGUUCCAAAAACUUCCGAUUCAACAACACUUUCUACUGCACCGGAAGGUAGUGCUUCAUCAUCAACACAUCCGACAACGAAAUCACAUGUGCGAGCACCUCAACCAUCUACAAAACCACCAACAAAAACAACCUCUAAUACUCUUACUGCUUCUUCAAACGUAGCAUCGACUAAUAAAACAACAGUUGUAAAACAACGGCCAACAUCACAGACUCGAGCUACAGCUUCAAGACCAUCUACAACAACUACUACAUCUACUACUGUUCCUCCGAAACGUUCGACUAGUGCUAAUCGUCCAUCAACAGCUGAUACUACAUUACGUUCAACUGCAGUUGAAAGCGCUUCAGGAACAACGACUACAACUAAAUCACAAUGGAAUUCAACUACAUCAAAAGUUGGUUCUCUUCAAAAUACAACAUAUAAAGCUGGAGGUGGUACUGUUAAGAUUCCAAAUCAAAAAUUACAUUGGAAUGCAAAAUCAAAAGUUGGUUCACUUGAAAAUACUCAUCAUAAACCAGGUGGUGGUACAGUUAAAAUUGAAAGUAAAAAACUUGAUUUUAAAGAAAAAGCUAAACCACGAACGGAUAGUGGUAAACAUGAAACAAUAACAUCAGGUGAUGAUGUAAAUGCGAGUGAAACAGUUAAUGAAGAACAUCAUAAUGAAGAUGAAGUUUUCAAAACAGAAAAAGAUGAUAACGGUGACAAAUAA